AUGGGCCCGGCGGCCGGCGGCACGGCGCUGCUGCUCUGCUGGCUCAGCGGCUGCUGCGCGGCCAUCAGCUCCAUGGACAUCGAGCGGCCCGGCGACGGCCGCUGCCAGCCCAUAGAGAUCCCCAUGUGCAAGGACAUCGGCUACAACAUGACGAGGAUGCCGAACCUGAUGGGCCACGAAAACCAAAGGGAAGCUGCCAUUCAGCUGCACGAGUUUGCCCCCUUAGUGGAGUACGGGUGCCACAGCCAUCUGAAAUUCUUCCUGUGCUCCCUCUAUGCCCCGAUGUGCACGGAGCAGGUUUCUACCCCGAUCCCAGCCUGCAGGGUGAUGUGCGAGCAGGCGAGGCUGAAGUGCUCCCCGAUCAUGGAGCAGUUCAACUUCAAGUGGCCGGACUCCUUGGACUGCAGCAAGCUGCCCAAAAAGAACGACCCCAAUUACCUGUGCAUGGAAGCCCCCAACAACGGGUCGGAUGAGCCACCCAGGGGCUCCAGCAUGCUGCCGCCCAUGUUUCGUCCCCAGCGGCCCAGCAGCGGCCACGAUCUGCAGCAGCACAAGGACAGCCUGAGCAGAGCGUCCUGUGAGAAUCCUGGCAAGUUCCACCAUGUGGAGAAGAGCGCUUCCUGCGCGCCGCUCUGCACGCCAGGGGUUGAUGUUUACUGGAGCAGGGAUGACAAACAGUUUGCUGUCAUUUGGAUUGCCAUCUGGUCCAUCCUGUGCUUCUUCUCCAGCGCUUUCACUGUGCUCACUUUUCUCAUAGAUCCUCAGCGUUUCAAGUACCCCGAGAGACCCAUUAUCUUCCUGUCCAUGUGCUACUGCGUCUACUCGGUGGGGUACAUCAUCCGCCUCUUCUCAGGUGCUGAAAGCAUUGCCUGUGACAGGGACAGCGGCCAGCUCUAUGUCAUCCAGGAGGGGCUGGAGAGCACUGGCUGCACCAUUGUGUUCCUGGUUCUCUAUUACUUUGGCAUGGCCAGUUCCUUGUGGUGGGUGAUCCUGACUUUGACUUGGUUUCUGGCGGCUGGGAAGAAGUGGGGGCACGAGGCAAUCGAAGCCAACAGCAGCUACUUCCACCUGGCAGCGUGGGCCAUCCCAGCUGUGAAGACCAUCAUGAUCCUGGUGAUGAGGAGGGUGGCUGGAGACGAGCUGACAGGGCUGUGCUACGUGGGCAGCAUGGAUGUGAACGCCUUGACGGGGUUUGUGCUCAUUCCUUUGGCUUGUUAUCUCAUCAUUGGCACUUCUUUUAUUCUUUCUGGGUUUGUGGCCCUUUUUCAUAUCAGGAGGGUGAUGAAAACAGGUGGAGAAAACACCGACAAGUUGGAGAAACUUAUGGUCAGGAUUGGUGUCUUCUCAGUCUUGUACACAGUGCCUGCAACUUGUGUGAUAGCUUGCUAUUUUUACGAGAGGCUGAACAUGGAUUAUUGGAAAAUUGUGGCAACUCAACAGAAGUGCAAGAUGAACAAUCAGACUAAAAAUUUAGACUGCAUGAUGAAUAACUCUAUCCCAGCAGUAGAAAUUUUUAUGGUCAAAAUUUUUAUGUUAUUAGUUGUGGGCAUUACUAGUGGCAUGUGGAUCUGGACUUCCAAGACUCUUCAAUCCUGGCAAAACGUUUGUAGUCGGAGAUUAAAGAAGAGAAGUAGGAGAAAACCCGCAAGUGUUAUUACGAGUAGUGGAAUCUACAAAAAACCUCAACAUCCACAGAAAACUCACCUUGCAAAAUAUGAAUCAACAUUACAACCGCCCACUUGUGUGUGACCAGGUUUUAGAAAAGACUGUAUCUCACAUCACAGACUUACAAAUGUCCACAGUAGCAGUCAGAAAUUAAAAAAUGAAUGGUGCUUUUUUUUUUUUUUUUGUCAGAACAUUUUAAUAUCUCAAGGCACAAAAAUGUAUCAUGCUGAAUUCAGGACCUGGUGAAACACUGAAGGUAAAUGUACUCAUGGAAAGGUUUUAUGUGAAAGAAAUAUUGUGAAUUAAAACAGUCUGUUCUGUUACUAAUUUGUAGUUAAGAAUCACAUCCAUCCCUCAGAUUAAAAAAAAAAAAAAAAAAAAAAAUCCACCAGCAUAAAAGCCAAACCAAACACAACAACCAACACUUAUUUAACUUCUUCAUGUAGCUGGGCUGGGUUUUCUUCAGCUCUCUGAGUAACAAGGUAUAGCCAAGUUUUAUGGAGCAAUGGUUUGAUUUUAGAAGUGCCCAAGUGAGCGUUGGCUCUCCAGGGACACGGAGGAGGCCCAUGCUGAGCGAGGAUGCUCUCUGGGAAAACAACCUCCGUGCUAACUUGAAAACUCUUCACAACUCCUCUCAGCCCACUGGGCUUGGAGUGCCUAAAAAUAGGCUCAAUCUAUAAUGCUCACCAAUAUUCUUUCACCAAAAGAGAAACUUCCUGCACCAGACACAAACUUCGUGAAUAAGAAUAAUGUGCAAUACAUUUUUUUUCUUACCAUGACAUGAAAAGAGAAACAAGUAUUUUGCUGUACAUAAAGACAACAAAAGAAAUCUCUUAACAAAAGAACUAAGAGGUCUAGUCCUCAGAAACCCUUUAGUGUUACAUUUUGUGGCUUUUUAAUGGAAAUCAAGCCAAUGUUAUACACGUUUGGACUGAUUUGUGCAAAAAAAAAGGGGGGGAUCAAUUCAAAGAGACCCAAAGGGCUUAUUGACUCUUUCUAUUGUUAAACAAAUUCUCACUAUGAAUAGAUCAAGAAGCACUAGAUUCUGCAAAGGGAAGCUUUGUAUAGAGUGAUGCUCUUUACUGUGCUGGGGGUGCACAGUUCUGUGCUGUAUAUAUUUGUAAUAUACAAUUAUUUUUCAUGCUCCACUAUUUUAUUAAAAAUAAAAUAUGUUCUUUAGUUUGAUAAUUUUGUGUGUUCUAAACUUUCUCUGAUGUGCUUUGCAGUUAAUAAACUUGUUUCAUGGAUCAUUUGAUAAAAGCACACUUUGAAUAUAAUAAUUGUUGUUAUACUUGCCUGCAAGUAUAAAUAGAGAGAACAGUAAUUUACUCGAAAGAAA